AUGGCGUGGAUGGAGAAGAAGAAGAAUAAGAAUAAGAAGAAGAAGAAGAAGAGUCCUCCCUCCAGUGGUGUGGAUGGAGAAGAAGAAGAACAAGAACAAGAAGAUGAAAAAGAAGAAGAGUCCUCCCUCCAAUGGCGUGGAUGGAGAAGAAGAAGAAUAAGAAUAAGAAGAAGAAGAAGAAGAGUCCUCCCUCCAGUGGCGUGGAUGGAAAGGAAGAAGAAGAAGAAGAAGAAGAAGAAGAGUCCUCCCUCCAGUGGCGUGGAUGGAGACGAGAAGAAGAAGAAGAAGAAGAAGAAGAAGAAGAAGAAGAAGAAGAGUCCUCCCUCCAGUGGUGUGGAUGGAGAAGAAGAAGAACAAGAACAAGAAGAUGAAAAAGAAGAAGAGUCCUCCCUCCAAUGGCGUGGAUGGAGAAGAAGAAGAAUAAGAAUAAGAAGAAGAAGAAGAAGUCCUCCUCCGUGGUGA